UACAUUGGGCAAUGUGGCAGCAGUUGAUGCUAAACAGUCGAAAUGAAGCUCAUUUACGCGGCUUGCGUAUUGCUUGGCCUGGCCUUAAGUCACGCCAGUGCCAGCUGCUCGGCUGAUUGUCCCGACACUGAGGAUGUGGUGUGGGCAGUUGGUGGCGGUUGCAGUGUCUUCCGUAAUAAGUGUUACUUCGACAGGGAGAACUGUCACAGGAAGCCGCCACUGACCAUUUCCACCAAGGAGGAGUGUCAAAAGCUCUGCCCUAGUGUCUGCCCACUAAUUUAUCAACCAAUUGGGGGCACCUAUAAGGGCCAAUCAAGACACUUUGGCAAUGCAUGCGAAAAGAUUGUGCACACCUGCCGAACCGGCGAAACUUUCUUGGACUAAAAUGAAAACUUUUAAUUAA